GCGACGGAGCACGCGUGUGUGCGGACGCAGUUGCGUGAGUAGAUUUUUACCUUCUGCCGUGUUGUGGAGCAAAGCUUGUUCCUCUCCAGCUCAGCCGCGCAGGAUCCUGACACUUUUGAUCUUAAUUUGAGUGUGUCUGGUGUUAAGAGUUGACUGAAGUUAUGAACUUGGGGAAAGGAUACAACAGGUGACAGCCUUAUAUCAGGGAAUACAUAAUAUCAUUACUGAUUGAAUUUAACCUUGAUGAUUAAGGUGCUUUCUACCAGGUUGAAUUGACCAAAGCAAUGGUUAUGGAGAAGCCUAGUCCCCUGCUGGUCGGGCGGGAAUUUGUUAGACAAUAUUACACACUGUUGAACCAGGCCCCAGACAUGCUACACAGAUUUUAUGGAAAGAACUCUUCUUAUGUCCAUGGGGGAUUGGAUUCAAAUGGAAAGCCAGCAGAUGCGGUCUAUGGACAGAAGGAAAUCCACAGGAAGGUGAUGUCACAAAACUUCACCAAUUGCCAUACUAAGAUUCGCCAUGUUGAUGCUCAUGCCACGCUGAACGAUGGUGUGGUGGUCCAGGUGAUGGGGUUGCUCUCUAAUAACAACCAGGCUCUGAGGAGGUUCAUGCAGACAUUUGUGCUUGCUCCGGAGGGAUCUGUUGCAAACAAGUUCUACGUUCACAAUGAUAUCUUCAGAUACCAAGAUGAGGUCUUUGGUGGUUUUGUCACUGAGCCUCAGGAGGAAUCUGAGGAAGAAGUAGAAGAACCUGAAGAAAGACAGCAGACACCUGAGGUGGUACCUGAUGAUUCUGGGACUUUCUAUGAUCAGACUGUCAGCAAUGACUUGGAAGAACAUUUAGAGGAACCUGUUGCUGAACCAGAGCCUGAUCCUGAACCAGAAUCGGAGCAAGAACCCGUAUCUGAAAUCCAAGAGGAAAAGUCUGAGCCAGUAUUGGAAGAAAUUUAUUCUGAGGAUGCUCAGAAGAGUUCUUCUCCAGCACCUACAGACAUAGCUCAAACAGCGCAGGAAGACCUGAGGACAUUUUCCUGGGCAUCUGUGACCAGUAAGAACCUUCCACCCAGUGGAGCCGUUCCAGUUACUGGGAUACCACCUCAUGUCGUUAAAGUACCAGCUUCACAGCCUCGUCCAGAGUCUAAACCUGAAUCUCAGAUUCCACCACAGAGGCCUCAGAGGGAUCAAAGAGUUCGAGAACAACGAAUAAAUAUUCCUCCCCAGAGGGGACCUAGACCAAUUCGGGAGGCUGGUGAGCAAGGCGAUGUUGAACCCCGAAGAAUUGUGAGACACCCUGACAGUCACCAACUUUUCAUUGGCAAUCUACCUCAUGAGGUGGACAAAUCAGAGCUUAAAGAUUUCUUUCAAAAAUAUGGGAAUGUGGUUGAGCUGCGCAUUAACAGUGGUGGGAAAUUACCCAAUUUUGGUUUUGUUGUGUUUGAUGAUUCUGAACCUGUUCAGAAGGUCCUCAGCAACAGGCCCAUCAUGUUCAGAGGUGAGGUCCGUCUGAAUGUGGAAGAGAAGAAGACUCGAGCUGCCCGAGAAGGGGACCGGCGAGAUAACCGCCUACGGGGACCCGGAGGCCCUCGAGGUGGGCUGGGUGGUGGAAUGAGAGGCCCUCCCCGUGGUGGCAUGGUGCAGAAACCAGGAUUUGGAGUGGGAAGGGGAGUUGCUCCAAGGCAGUGAAUUUUUCUUCACUGAUCUUCAUGCAGCAGUGCAAACCCCACUCCUGCAGAAUGGUGAAUUUCUUCAUCCACCUUUUGGUAUCUUGCAGUAUGACCUUGGUCUCAUAAAACUGCUUACGUUUGUACAAUUUUACUUUUUGUGUUAAUGGUGUGUGUUCCCUUCCCCUCCCUCCCUUCCCCUCCCCUCACAUUUUAGUCUUUCACUUCCAAUUUUGUGGAAUGAUAUUUUAGGAAAAAUGGAUUUUUAAAGAAGAAAAAAAAAAAAGACUGAUUUCCUUGCUUUACUUUGCAUAUACAGACUGGAUUUUUUUUUUUAACAGCCAUUUCCCAAAGGAAUGUGUCUCACUUAUUACUGACAUUGGGAUAUUUCUUACUUAUUUUCUACGUGUUUCAAAAGUCUUUGAGAAAUACAGGAUUUGAUAAAUAUUUCGAAGGCAGGAAAAAACCCUGAUUGUUCUUUGAGAGUCAUGACUACCUUCUGGUGUGGAGAAACUGCCAUUGGAAAAAUUGACAGUUUUGAUUUUCACUGGUAUGGUUAAAAACUGAAUAAAAGGUGUUAGUAGAGUUUUUUCUUUGAUAUGUGAUCACAAAACAAUUCUAAAACCUGUUUUUACCAUUGAAAUUUAAAUUGUGAGAUAGGUUUUAAAUGUCUAGAAUAUAACUGAUAUGCUUUUCUUGAAUUGUUAGGUUUUUUUGAAGUAGUUUUUUUCAUGUUUAAUUUGUAUUUGUAAAAAAAAAAGCUAAAAAACAAAACAAAACUACCCUUCCCCCAAUCUGAAUAAUUCAAAACCAGAGCAAAACUGUGUGCCUUCUAUUUAUCUCUGAUUCCAGUCUUGGCGAUUGUUUAAAGAAAAAAUAAUAAAACGUCUAGAUUUGUUUUUUCAGGUUCAGAGUAUGUUGGGAAUUGUAGAAUCCCUCUUUCAACCUUGUACGUCUUCUGUUUAUUUGUUAUGCCUUAUUCUGAAAUUGAGUCUCAAACUGGAAUGCCUUUGAGGAUAGAUGCUUCUAUAGAGGUCCUUUGACCUAAGUAGUUCAGCAUUUGUAUUGUUUUAUUUUGAUAUCUGUUCAGAAUUCUAAUCAUAGCCCAUGAGGAGGAAUGUGAUUUUAAUAUUGGAUUUUGCUGAUGUGCUUGAGUGUCUGCUAGUUUUCUUCCUUUAAAUCAUAGCCAUAUGGUAAAUUUUAUAUUUUAUUAUGGUUCUCUUUUAUUGAUGGACAUGCAGUGGGUGAUUCUUGGAAAUGGCCAAUUUUUAUUAAAAUAUUUCUGGAAGAAAAUUUAAUCUGGCAAUAUAGACUAAUGCUCGUUUUACAUAGUAUGUUGUUUGUUGAGUGCUGUGUGUGAGGUGGGUGAAGGUUUUGUUUACACAUUUGUAAAGCAAGGCUUUGUAUGAUUGCUUGUCAUUACUAAUUGAAGGGCAACGAGGUUGUCAGAUUUAACUUAUUUAUUUUCUUCUUAACAGUGUUCAUCUUUAGGACUGUUGUUUGAGGACAGUAUAUGAGUAGGAAUAGGAAUGUUUUGUUUUGCUGUUACUGGGAAACUAGGUUUGCUUAAGGGUGUAGUCUUAAACUAAAAUGAAGUUUGAUGUUAUCAGUUGGUCCGCAGUACCUCAAAUAUUUGAAAAUUGGCAACAUCUCCUUCAAAGAAAGAGACUUAUAUAAUGGAGUCACAUGGCUGUUUUGGGAGUCAGUUUAAGUAAUUAUUUGGUAACCAAUUAAUUUGUCUCAGGCUAGUGAUAAUUGGAAGAAAUUCAGCUUGUACUUCUGUAGCUUAUAUUAAGCUUGUGGUGGAAAAAAAACAGCCUGAGUUAUUUUUGGAGUAUUAAGAUCAUAAAUUAUGGAUAACCUAGAAAUCAUUUUUCAGAAGUGAAUACUAAAACAUACAUUUCAAAAUAGGAAUUUUUCCUACUCAGGGGUUUAAGGGCACCAACUAGAUGCAGUGAUAUUCAACUUGAGCUGGUUAUUCUAUCCUAGAGGACAUUUGGAAAUGUGUGGUAUUGGAGGGGAGACACUGCGUCUGGGCAUUUAGUGGGUGGGGACCAGCAGUGCCAAAUGUUCUGUGAAAAUGAAUCAAUGCGAUGAGAAUAGGAAUGGUCUCUACUCCUCUAAUUGGUGAUGGGCGGAGUGGUGGGUUAGAACAACUGGAGUAGAAGACUUACUCUUUUGAAAUAAAGCCACAGAUAAAUAAAAUAGACAAAUUAGCAAGUAGAAAGCUCUUUCAGGAAUUAUAAUAUCUACUGCAAGUAAUAAUCUCAUUUUCCUUCAUUUGUACCAAUCGUGUGGUUUUAAGAAAUGUUGGAGAGGUAGUAGCAAUGUGUAGAUGCUGCUUUGUAACUUGCACAGAAUUACUGCAUAAUCUCGGAAAACAAAAGUUUGCUUCAGUAAUUUCACUUCAUUGGAGUUGGGAUGAUUGUAGAGUUUUGGACUUUCUAAAUAGGAUUUAGCAUCAUGGUUAACACUAUUAAGAAUCCCGAUAUUGUUUACAUUAUUGCUGAUGCAUAAACGUGAUACCAUAGAGAUACAUGUAUUCACACAGGUAGAAAGUGAAAUUAAAUAUGGAAAGAUUUUUCUAUAGGCAGCAUCAGCUCAUCACAGUCAACCUUUUUUAAGAUUUUAAAAUACAAUUUCUCAUAUGUAGGAAUGGCCCAAUGUACAGUUAUUUUCCACUGAGCUUAACACUCACCACCCAUUUUUUUUAACCUCGUAUCUUAUUAGGUAAAAUUAAUUUGGUUCAGUGGGUCUUAGUUCUUUAUGAUCUCUUGAAAAUAUAUAGAUCUUGGGACUUAAAAAAUACUUUUGCUUUUAUGUUGAGGUUGGGCUUUACUUUUGUAUUCCUGCAUUCUCAACUUUUGAGCUAUUGAAUGAGUAGGUUACUGCCACAGUGUUAGUUGUAGUUGAAUUGCACUUUAGCUUUAGGUUAUAAAAUUAAUUUUCACAACGACUCUGUGGAUUAGGUGCUAUUUCCUUCAAAGUAGAUAAAGAAGAAACUACAUCAGAGCAGUUACUUGACUAGGCCUCCAAGCCAUUCAUGUAGCAAGGAGCAGCAGACUGGCCUCUAGAACUGAUGCUUUUUCUCUAGAACCAAAAUGCCUACCUAUUUACAUUUGAACAACAUUAAGAUAAUAGGACAUGAUCAUAAUAAUUACUACAGCAUAGAGACCCAGUCUACAAAAUAUUCAUAACAAAGUUAGCAUUUCUGUUCUCUAUUUCUUUUAGGGUAAACAAAAUAAGUAAACAUUGAUUUUUAUAGGGCUUCUUUUGAUUUGCAGACUAUAUGGUAACACAAUAACUUGUUCUUAGAUUAUUUUUUUGUUUGUUAAUACAUGUAGCACAAUCUUGGAUUCUGUAUGUGGAUGAUAUUUUUAUAGCAUAAUCAAGGUGAGUUUGUAGCAGUUGUGUUUUGUGCUUAUAACUGCCAUUCUCUGAUUCUUUCCUUCAUCUCUAUUUGAAAAUCCUUGUAGAGUUUAUGAUUUAGUAGAAAACGUGGCACUUUAUAGAAAGAAAUUUGUUAGAAUCUAUAUGGAAAUAACCUUUCUGUGAGGUUUAAAUUUGUAGACCAUUGUUUAUGCUGAGUGGCCUGUUUUAUGUAAAUGGUUGCAUUUGUCAAACCUACUGAUCUAAAGAUAUCUUUUAUAUUGAAAUUUAUUUUUGUGCUACUUAAAAGAAUCUCUGCGGGAACUGCAUACAAAUGACCUUUUAGUUCAGCAAUUUUGAACCUUGUAAAAGAAGCGACUUCAACAUUUGUUUGAAUAUGGGGUUCUAGCUAACUGCCUAAUGUACCAAAAAUGGGCAGUAGACAGUUAAAGGUAGUCUUCCAUAAAUGUUUUAGAAACCUUAAAGAAUGUAUUAGAAACUUAACAGUGUCUUGUGUGGGAUGAGGUUGUAGAUUAAUGUUGCUGAUAAAGUAAUGGCCAUGUGGCACUAGAUAAUAAGGAUUUCUGGUUUUAAGGUAGUAACACCUUUUGGGAUCUGUAUUUGUGUACUGUGAUAAUUAGGUUCUGAGGACCAUAUGUAGGCUCGUGAACUCUUAUUAGACUAUAUGAAAGGAGAAAUGGCAGCACAUGUUAGAUAAAACUUAUAUUUACAUCUUUUUUAGUGACUAUGUAUCCAGCACAGGAUAAUGCUGAAAUUAGACUGCUUUGCUCAUGCUUUCAUGAAACAGUCUCUCUCUCAUCAUGGCCUAAGUAGUUUAUUAAAGGUGACCUAAAACAGCCAGUUUUAGUUUUGAAUUAUCACUAAUGUAGGGCUUAGAAUCAAGGUUUUUCGCUUUUUGAUUAUAUCAUUUGUUUAGAAAACCUUGGACAGUCUCCCCUCCUCCAAUUUCCACUUGAACUUGGUAACUUUUUUAGUUCCCUGUGAGAAAAAAAUAGGAUUGGAAAUCAGUUCCAUUGUUACUUCCAUGAACCACAUGAACUGGCCAACUACAGAAAUCCAUACAUGUUCAGUACUUUGAAAUGUGGCCAGUGUCACAGAUUAUAAAGGGACUUAUGUCCAUUCAAUGUGUCUUAGUUUCUGAAAAAAUAAAGUUAAGGAAUGUUUACCAAAAAUUCACUGUGAAUUAUUUUAACAAGUAUUUUUCAUAAACCCACUUAUGGGAAGUUUGCCUGUACUUUUGGUAGUAAUUACAGGGAUGAUUAUAUGUCAUUUAAUCUGGAUAUAAACAGUUUUAACUUGCUGUAAUUAACCAUUUUGGUUACUGAUGCUUUUCUUAAGCUUUGAUGUCACCUGUUCAACUUUGGAUUUGGUUUAAAUUCUUAACUGGUUUUGUGAAGAGUGUGAAUAUACACUGAUUUGGCCCUUUAAAUGAAGACAUACCAAGAAGCUGGCAUAAAGAAGUACGGAGAAGAAAAGGACUUCUUUUAUUUUAAAGAUUCAGUACACAUUUAAGUAGAAUAUGUAGAACAUGUCAUGUUAAAAAUAAAUUCAUGUAGGUAGAUGUUCGCUUUUGAAGAAGAGUGGGGUGGAGGUGGAAUUUAGCUAAUGGCAUAGGAAUUAUUUGAUUUAUAUAGAAAAAUCAUAAUUUUAAGUGAGAAACAACAAUGUAUUCUUAAAACUUCCUUCUCAUUCUGUUGAUUACCACAAAAGACAGGAGAGGCUCCUAGAAUUCUUUGAAUCAUAGAAAGUUAGUGCUGGAAAGGACUAAUGUGAUUUAUACAACCCCUUCAGUUUUUAAAGGCUAGAUGGCUCAGAGAAUUAUUAGUACAGUCUCACAUUGGCUUGUAGAAGUAACAAGGAGCACCUUCAGGCGUUACCAGUCUGCCCUAGGUUCACUGUAGGAAGCCAGAGCUGUUAAAGGUCUGGAUGUGGGGAAAAAAGGGAAGGAGCCACAUUUUAUAUGCUUACCCAGUUGCUUCUAUAGCUCAGUUUUCAUUACCGGGUUUUCUCUGUUUUCUUAGAACUGUCUUAAUGCCCAUUUCUACCAGGGCCUGUUGUCUAAGGACAUUAACUUGUGCUCCCCUCAGGGAUGGGUUUACUACUAGCUGUCAGAAAGCUAUUGGGUAUCCUAAUGUGUUAAUAGCUGAAACUCAGCUGUAAUUUUCUCCUGAAUCGGUCAGCAUUUUGCAAUCUGUACAUUGUGGUGCUUUCCCCACCUUGUAUUGUUAUAACUGUAAGCUCCUAAGGGGCAGCAAAUUGGUCUUAGGCAUGUACCCUGUUCAGUGUCUGGCAGUGCCAUAUAUGCAUCAGGGUCCUAAUCUUCCUUUCCAGUAAUUUUUCCCAUUCUUCAUGGAAGUGAUGCUCCAGCCAUGCUGAACUACUUCCGGUUCCUCUAAUAUGCCAGGCAUUGCUGACUCCGUGGCUUCGAGUGCCUUCUUUCUUCCCUGAAGAUAGACAAACGUCUGCAUCCCCCUUCUACCCCUAGUCCCGUACCAUCAAAGUCAUUUAUUUGAAGACCUAGUUCAAGAGCUAAUUUUUUUUCAUAAGAGAGGAGAUUUGCAACAGGAGUGGAGAACCCCUUUUUGGGGAUUGAUCCGGCCAGAAUUUGAAGUAAGGAACAAAUUCAUUCUCAUCUUCUUCCCUUCUACAUUGUCCCUCCUAUUUGAGAUUCUGUCCCAAUCUUCAUUUAAAACAACGAAGUGUGUUCCUAGAGCUUAUAACUUACCCCUUCAACCUAAGAUUAGAAUGACCCGUAUCUGUUUUACUACCUUAUUUAGACCAUAAGCUCCUAGAGGACAAGGACUGGGGUAUUAAUCCCUGUAUUCCCCCAGAAGGUACAGUGGCUUGUAUGAAAGAGUCCUUAAAUGAUGAUUCAUUGAGUUGAGUAAAUUGGUGUAUUUGUUUUCAUUCUCACAAGGGAGGCUUACCUAGAGAUAGGACUUAAUUGAAUACAUUUUAGGCACUAUGACAUUUCAUAGUAGAGGGGAUUGCUGGAAAGUUUGAGGAGUGGGCAGAGGAGGGGGAGGAAGGUCACUAGUCAUUUCGAGGUACUUCCAUCCCUGAUCUGAGUAAUUAGUGUAUCCUGGGCACUUUGUUUUUAUGCAGAAGAAUUUUAUGUGCCAAUUUUCAUUUCUUUUCACAAACCGACUUCAUUGUUCUCUCAGUUCAUGUCAUCACUCACGCCCCAAAUCUUAAGUCAUCUGCUUACCUUUUUCUUAUUUCCCACAUCCAGUCUCCGGCUAAGUCCUGUCAGUUCUACCUCAGCAGUCUUUCACAUCUUUCUCCUCAUCUAGAUAAUUUCAACGGCCUCUCAGCUUCCUUUAUCUCUUCUUAUCCCAGCCUCCAUUAAAUCCAAUAUUAGAUUCAUCUUACUGAAACAUAGCUCUGACUAUGUAUCCCAUGUAUGUGUUCUAUCACCCCUACUAGACUGUAAGCUCCUUAAGGGCAGGAUCUAUGUCUGAGUCAUUUGUGUAUCCCCCAUCAUGCAUAUCAAUAAAUAUUUCUUGAAUGAAUAACAUA